CCUCCUCCUGCUCCUCUCCCGACAUGGCGGCCCCAGCAGAGCUCAGCGGCCUCAGCGAUGAGGCAGCCUACGGCGCCUGCUCGGAGCCGGAUGCCAGCACGAAGGAUUUUUUGUUGCAGCAGACAAUGUUAAGAGUAAAGGAUCCUAAGAAGUCACUGGAUUUUUAUACAAGAGUUCUUGGAAUGACACUGCUUCAAAAAUUUGACUUUCCUACUAUGAAGUUCUCGCUCUAUUUCCUGGCGUAUGAAGAUAAAAAUGAUAUCCCAAAAGAUAAAACUGAGAGAACAGCUUGGACCUUCUCUAGAAAAGCUACGCUUGAACUGACACACAACUGGGGCACUGAAAAUGAUGAAAAUCAGUCUUAUCACAAUGGCAAUUCAGAUCCCCGAGGAUUUGGACACAUUGGAAUUGCUGUCCCUGAUGUCAAUAAAGCUUGUAAGAGGUUUGAAGAACUAGGAGUGAAAUUUGUGAAGAAACCAGAUGAUGGUAAAAUGAAAGGACUUGCAUUUGUUCAGGAUCCUGAUGGCUACUGGAUUGAAAUUUUGAAUCCUAACCACAUGGUGACUCUCACUUAGUCCUAAUGAAGUAUAUUCUAUAACAGAUGUCCCCUUUCAGUCCCCUGGAGAAAAUCUGUAACUGUUUGUGAAAUUCUCGCUUAAUGGAGAGGAAUCCGUGUUCAGAAUCUCCUCUAAAACUAUCCCCUGGGACCUCACUGUACUUGAAUUCCUUUUUUCUUUUCCUGUGAUGCCACUGCCAUUUGUCUCCAAUUAGGAAUACUCAACCAUUUUUUGGAAGAGCGCUUACACAGAUUCUCCUCUUGAACAUUGAUUAUGUUAAUAUUUCACUAAACACUAUCAAAAGAUAUGUGACCAGAAAUUCACUACAUCUCACACUGUUUAGAUUUAAACUAACAACAACAACAACAAAAAAUAUCCUGUGUUACUACUGAUGAGCUUCAGCAAGGAGGGAAAAAAGAAACCUCCAGAGUUUUGGGUUUUUUUUUUUUAUGAAGUCAAAAGAUCCUGAAGGCUUCAUGCCCUAUCUUGUAUGCUAGAAAAUAAAAUGUCAAACUAACUUUGACUUGAGUAGUAGCAUGUUUAUGAAAGUCCUAAUCUUACUUGUAUUAUGCCAGGCAAAACUCACUAAGGAGCAGCCUCUCAAAACAAGUGAUGGUUACUGAAAUGAUACCUGUAAACAGCAGGAAAACAUGUAACAUUUACAUAUGUUACACAACUUAUUUGAUUUUUAUGUUAUGAAAUAACCUGUUAUGAACAGUGUAAAACCAUGUCAGGUUUUGAAAUCCUGUUUUUUCUUCCAACAAGGACAAAAACUCCUACUAAGUCUUCAGUUACGUGACUAUUGAAUAGUGUAAUGGCAUUGCAGUUCACUUCCAAAUAAAGCAUUGGUGAAAACUACAAAAUAAUUUUAAAGCAGUAUGACCUGUUGCUUUGCUAAUUGUUGAAUCCUACAUAACUGAAAGGCUGUUUUGGUUCAUGGAUUCUUUUUUGAGAAGAAAUCUCAAAGAAAAUAUGAAGUGGGAGUACAGUAGUGAAGAAGAUAACUGUGACUUAUAUAGCAGGAUGUUUUAGUAACUUAAUGUGCAGAGUUAAUAAUAACUGUCAAUAACUCCCUGGCUUAUAAGUUAAAAAAGAAAUGUAGAAAGUAUUGCAUUUGAUUUCUGCUAUGCUCAUGUAGAUGUUAAUGACUUAAAUGCUAAGUGUUGCUGUCUUAUCUCCUUAUCUGAAAAAUCCUUAAUUCUGUCUGCCUCAUCUUAACAAGAUAGCAUAUUUAAACUCAGUAAUGUAACAGAGCUCCACAUGAAAAACUAUUCAUAAAACUUAAUCCAAGAUAUUUUGUUUACCCUUGGAAAUGAGUAAAAUAGAUUAUAUGCUUCAUCUGAGCCUUAGGUGUUGGAAAAAGGAAUGUGAAAACUAUUGCCCUGCUUAAUACCUCCUACAGAUGUGUGAGCAAUCAUAAAUUUAUCGGGAGGUAAAUGUAACUCAAAAGAUAAUCUUUUUUCAGUUUUCUGUUUGUUACAUGAAACAACCCUGAUACUUUAGCUUUAGGUGGUGCCUUAUCAGUGUCAUUCAUAUACAGUAGAUUCUUUCCCUUUUUGAGUAUUUGCCAAGUUGCCUUUUUUCUGCAACAAUAAACACUGUUGGUUCAUGGUUGCAUUCUCUA